GAGGCCGUUGAGAGAUCCAGCAGCUGGUAGUUGGAAGAGCGCCGAAGCAGGCAGGAGCCAACGGCCAGCAGAGCCUACACAUUUCCUCCUCCAUGUGAGAUAAACUGAGCCGUUUACCUCGCAGGCUACAGAAAAUAUGCUGUUCGGGCGCCUGAUGUGUUCCAGAAGCGAAUUUUGAGUCUUCAUAGUCAUCCGGCUUUCAUUUUGGAGGAUUCCUCCCUCCAUCCUCCGGAUCGCAGCGAACAGGCAAUGACAACGGUCUCAGCAACCCCGCAGCAGAUGAAGGACCGGCUGCUGCAGGCCAUUGACAGUCAGAGCAAUAUACGCGAUAUGGCGGUUGUAUUGGAAGUAAUUGCUUGUCUUGAGAAGUAUCCAAUUACCAAAGAAGCUCUUGAGGAAACUCGACUUGGAAAGUUAAUCAACGAUGUGAGGAAGAAAGCCAGUAAUGAAGACCUUGCAAAACGAGCCAAGAAACUGUUAAGAAACUGGCAAAAACUGAUUGAACCCGGGCCGACUGGGCCUGCCAGCGUCCCCGGAUCCACCAACGGCAGUUCUCACCCCUGCCGGACAGAGUCCUCUCCGGCAGACCUUUCUGUCUCUGGGAAAGGCGUCCCUGAGGUGAAAACCAGAAACGAUGUCCACAACACGUACUCGCCGAAAGCUGAGAAAUCAAGCAGCCGUAAGCGGCGGGCGGAACAGAGAGACAGUGGGGUGUACUUGCCUGAGAAAAUCUCUAGGAUGUCAUCGUACGACAAUUCAGUUUCACCGCCCACCAAUGGAAUCGCAGGCAGCCCAGAGACCCUACUUGACCAGGAGGUCGUCACGUCUCCUGAUAGAUCCCGGAUAGACAAUCUUGAAAAUGACAAAGUUAACAGGAUUCCAAUAAAUGCUGUCAAGCCUCGGCCCAGCUCUCCUGGAGCGGCGAAACCACUUAGUACUUCCUCUCUGAUAAAAGUUGCUGUGAUGCAGCAACAGGCUCGAUUGGACGAAGGAGGAGGAGGAGGUUACCAAGCCAGAAGUCCCCGCAGCGUCACUUCCAGUCCGAGGAGUGCUAAGCAAGACUCUGUAUCUAAGCGCUCUUCAGCAUUCGCAGCUAAAGGAACGCCAAUCCCAAGCCCAUCUUCCAGAGACUCUCCCUUGCCUUUUUCUCACUCUGUGUCCUCCCCAGGACCAAUGUCUUAUGCAGAUAAGGUGACGCAUUCUUUUCACAGGUCUUCAGUGCCGCCGGCUGCUUCAUCAGAUAUUCCGUCUCAUUGCCCAACCCAAGACUUUUCUGCAGCGCUGGAAUCCCCGUCGGUCUCCCCCUCCCCACUUCUUCCUCAGCUGAACUCUGACCCACACAGAUCAACGUUCGAGGGAACCACAGCCGUGUCCGACGAUGCGGACGGGACAGCGGUACAGAACUCUGAACAUAAAAGGAGAAAGUACAGGCCAAGAGACUUCUCUGUGAACUUGGACGGUCAGAAAGUAGAGGACUCAACGAAGCCUGUGAGAUUAAAAGAACGCAGAAUAACGUUUGACCCGGUCACAGGCCAGAUCAAACCCUUGGUGCAUAAAGAACCUUCUCAAUCAGAGGACGUCCCCACUCCAGACCCCGCAGAGUCCCGGCAGAGAGCCCAGAGCGUUGUCCCACAGUCCACUGCCACCACCUCGGCCCCCGGCCCUAGUCCGGCCACCGGUGCCGGCCCAAACCCCUUCCACCAGACCAACUGGAAGGAACUGUCUCGGAACGAAAUCAUCCAGUCCUACUUGAACCUUCAGAGCAACGUGCUCACCUCCUCAGGGGUCCAGGCCCCCAGCGCACACUUUUUCAUGUCUGAGUAUCUGAAAAGGGAGGAGCAGGAGAGCAAGGAGUCGAGGACGAGCCACGUCUUACAGACGGAUCGCCUGACAGGGGACUUACCAGGCGUAAGUCGAGACAUCACAGAGGACGACUUGGACAGGAUACACAAACAGAACUGGCCCGGUGUGAAUGGUUGCUACGACACCAAGGGCGCCUGGUAUGAUUGGACAGAGUGCAUAUCACUGGACCCUCAUAGGGAUGAAAGCAAAUUGAACAUCCUGCCAUACGUUUGCCUAGACUGAGAGCGUUUGGGAAGGCUGCUGUUUCUUUUCCACUCCUUUUUUCGUCUCGCCACAGAGACCAGAUAGUUUGAUCUUUAUUUUAUUUUUUUAAAUUUUGGUUUUGUUUGUCCACUGUGAGUUUGGUGAGAACCAGACCUACUAAACCCCCCUCCCCAAGGCUCAUUCUGUGAAAAUCACUUGAGACUUUGGUAUUAAAAAGCAUAAUAAUUGAAAGAAAAGUUAAGUUUGUAAUAUCAAGGGCUGUUUCUGUUUUGUUUUUUUAAACUGAAAGAGACGAGGUCUGUAUUGCAGAGUGCUGCUGCUAUAGCAAUGAAGGGAGGAAAGAGAGGGCAGCAUUAUUUCUCGUAAACCUGAAACGUCACUUCUGUUGGUGUGUGUCAGUCGUCGGUAAUGUUUUUCAGGCUGAAAUAAUGCUCCUGCUUUGGUUUUCUCUCUCCUCGUUCCUGAUGGAAGAUUUGCAGGAUCCGGGGUUUGAACGAGGAUGGGAAGGUUUGGGUUUGGUCCAGACCAAGAUGCUGGUAGAGUUCAUUUAGCACAGUCAGCGCUGAACGUGUCCAGAAUAUCCAAAUACUGGAACAUAUUUAGCAGUUACAAAAGGCUUUAUGUGAAAUAUAUAAAGUAAAUUAUAAAUUUCUUAUGUAUACAUCUAUUUAUUUUUGACCAUUUCAUUUAUGGGAUGUUCUAAACACCUUUUCAAAAAAAAAAAAAAAAAAAUCUAGAUUUUUUUUUUUUCGGUUUAAAUUACAAUGUUGUCAUCAUGAAUCUCACCAACUUUUUUUCUUUUUUUCUGUAUUUGAGAUUGGCUAAAUAUUUUGGUUAGUGACAUUCCAAAUCAACUAUCCAGCAACUUUAACUCUUUCUGUCUUAUAAGGGUCCGUUCAGUGUCAGGGCACACAUUUCAAAUGGUUCCAAAAGUGCUGAUUACUCAUUUGAAACAGGUCAAUGGGGGGGCAAAACCAAUCUGGAAGGAUGUGUUCAAAUGCUCAAACCCAUUUACUUACCUCUGAAGACAUUUGCCUUCUGAAGUUCUCUCAUUAUUUGAGUGAACCAACCCAGGUGAAGGUAUAGGUGAAGGUAUGUGACGUUCCCAAAGGUCACCUAGAUAUCUGCAGGUAGGAUUCCUUUUGCAUUCAAGUCAGUGGAAAAGGCAUCAGGAUCAAACAUUCUUGGAAUUUUUCAUCCGAUGAGCAGCAGUAUUUGAUUUGAGUCCAUCUUAAAAGCACCACUCACUCCCUCACUCACAUGAUUUCAAUCAAGAUCAGCCUCUGUGUUGCCUCUCUGUUCAUUCAUUCUUUAGUUGUUUUUUUUUUUUUCUCUUCCCUACCAAUGUGCCUUGGUAAAAUGGUAAAUCUGGAUUUGCUUCCGCAUUAAACAUGCCUGUCGGUACUUUAAUGCGCCAGAAUUCAAAGUCCCAUGAUUGAAGCCCCCCCCCCCCAUGGUACGUGCAGUGAUUUCUGUUACUUUUGUACACAGUGAUCUGGGGAAAGAUGAAGCUUUCACCAAGCUGCAGGCGAUGGUAAAAAAAACAACAAAAAACUGCACAACGCAUCUGGCAAUAAGGACAAAUGCUACCACAGGUUAAGAAUAUGUUUCUGAAGUUCUGGCUGGGGCGUCUUUAUUUGUUCAGUGUUUAACAUCUCUAAAUUGUUUGAAAAAUAAAUGAUCUAAAUUCUCAA